AUGGCAGACGAACAGGAAUUGAAGAAGGACAUUCUCAACACACCAUUCUCAUUGCCGAUCGAAUUGCCUGCAGAAUUAAGGCUCGAGACACUUAAGAACCUGCUUUGGAUCGAUCGACAAUCUACCAACGAACCCCCUUGCUUACAUGUGGAGAUCCUUCGUACGAAUCGUCAAUUGAGACAAGAAGGACUGCCGCUCCUGGAAGACAACUCAGUCACCGUGCACUAUAGAUGUGACGUUCGUGACUAUACUAUUCCUCCGAGCGCAAACAUACUGGGUCAACCUUCCAUCUCGGCACUCCUUAGUAGAUUCCCAAUCAACAGCUUGAUCAAGAAGUGGAAAUUCGAGGUCACCUGGUUCGUCGACCAUGGUGAAGAUGGAUUUGACAAUUGGCGCGAACAUACCAAGCCUUGGCUUGGUAUGUUCACAGAGGAUGUCGCUGUACUGAAUCAGUUGCAAGACUUGCAAGAAGUGUCCCUCAAGUACGACACCAUUUCUGAGCCUACACAACGUUCUGAUACCUGUGAUGAUACCACAACUCCAGACGCACCAAAAGACGCCACCGAAGACAUCACAGAAAAUGCAGAGGAAGGCACAGAGGAAGAUACAGAAGGCGGUGCACAAGAGGACGCAGAAGAAGUGCCUGUGGAGGUCUUCAGGCUAGUCUGCAACCCUCUCCGUAUGCUGCGCAGUAAGACUUUCACAGUGGUAGGAGGCUCCAACGUUCCUUCUGAUCUUGUCAUGGCAUCAACAAGAGACAUCACUAGCAACAAGGAAGUGGUACCACUGCAUGUCUUGAGGGAUGCCCUUGUGACGCAGCUCAACAGUGUCCUACGAGACAAUGGAUAUUGCUGGGUCGAUCAAGAAUUAGAAGAGCUUGAUCCGUGGGACGUUUCAGACUACUGGUUGGAGGAUUUCGAUGGCCAGGAGAUCAUGGUAGCGGCCGACGAGAUGCUGGAGUGUGAGAACGCGGCAGAGUUUUACGACCUAGACGAGUUUUAUACUCGAGCAAGAGAAGUGGGUAGGUUUGCGUUGCACUAUCUUGCCGCUGCCAUGGUUGAUCUGCACCAUGGCGAAGUGCAGCCGGGCGCUGCGGUCCUGCAGAUAGGCGCGCAAAAGACGCUAAGGCGGGGAUGGUAUAUACUAGUCAGCGGUCUCUUGAAGUUCUGUAAAUGA